AUGUCCGCCGACUUUUGGGCAGGCUACAUAUCAGGCGCCGUUGGUAUUCUCAUCGGGAAUCCUUUGGAUGUCAUCAAAGUCAAACUACAAGCUGAAAGUCCCAGCGUAAUAAAGACUACAUCGAGCUACACUUCACAAUUCACUUCUGCAGGCUCUCUUAUUCGCGGAUCCACGGCUCCAAUUCUUGGAUACGGAGCAUUGAACGCUCUACUCUUUAUGACUUAUAAUCGCACAUCAAACAUUUCGAAUACAAACCCAACUGGGGUACCACCAAACCUAUGGACAACUUGGAUAGCCGGAGCAAUUGGCGGACUUGCAACAUGGGUUGUUAGCACACCCACUGAACUCAUCAAAUGUCGAGCUCAGCUGUCGUCUUCAACAGUUCCAGCAACCAGUUGGGGUAUUACCAAAGACAUAUUACGGACAGAAGGGGUCCGCGGCUUGUAUUUUGGGGGUGUUGUCACAGCUUUGAGGGAUAGCAUAGGCUAUGGUUUUUAUUUCUGGUCCUACGAACUCAGCACACGCCUCAUGAUCCCAAAAAUGGUGGAAGGUCACCAAGUCGAGUCCUCGGCUUCCCAAGAAGCUGCAAAGGUCCUAUUAUGUGGAGGCUUGGCUGGAGUCGUCACCUGGGCCAGCAUAUUUCCUUUGGAUGUUAUCAAAACCCGACUUCAAACACAAGCCAUGGGACAAUCAGAAACCUCGGCAUUACUUGCAAGCACAGAAGGGGUUCCACCACAGCGACGACUGGGGGCUAUUGAGGUGGCAAAGAAUGCAUAUAGAAGCGAAGGCGCAAACGUGUUUUUUCGAGGGUUAGCAGUAUGCAGUAUUAGAGCUUUCAUUGUAAAUGCUGCGCAGUGGGCGGUGUACGAGUGGAUUAUGAACGAGCUGGACCCAGCGAGGAAAAAGCCUGCGAAAGAAAAUAUACCCCUACAGAUUUAG